AUGGAGCUUGACAUUGAGGAAUAUAGAUACAUUGUACCCGGGUCUGCAAGUGUGAAGUAUGUUACCGAAGACUGCGUGGAGGUAGGCGACCAGGCCCCCAUGACGGUGAAUGUUACUGGCAGCACAAAUAAAAAAUUAACCCAGCAGGCUCUCCAUCCAGGCCUCUUCAUCACAAGACCUAGGUCUUCUUCAUUGAGCAAUAUCAAGACUACUGAGUCAAAGAACCCACCUGCUACUCCCGUAAUAAUGGAUAAUGAUCAUUUAGUUAACAAUGAUUGCCCUCCUCCCUCCUGGCAAAGAAUACCUACAAGCCGCUACCCCAAGAGAAAGAGACUAUCAAAUAGUCCUCCACAAUACCAAAAACUCGACCAAAAAACACAAACAGGAAUCAGUACUUCUAACAGUUACAGUGGACUACCUAUAGAUCCUACUGAUGAAGAUUCAUCCACUUACGCUAAAAAAGUCUACAAACCACCUCCUAUAAUAUUAUAUGGCAUAGAGGAUCUCUCCAAAUUAACUGAAUUACUAAAUAGUAAUGUACCUAGUGACGGCUACUCAUACAAAAUCAUAAACAGAGAUCAUUUAAGAAUCACGACACAAUCUACUGAUGUAUAUAAAGAAUUAAUAGAACUCAUUCGGAACAAAGGUCUAAUUGGUCAUACAUUUACUCAAAAGCAAAAUAAAUGUUAUAGAAUUGUGGUAAAAAACUUGCAUCACACCACACCAAAAAUAUCUAUUAUAGAAGAAAUUGAAAAAAACAGGUAA